AAAAGCUCAAAAUGCUAAGCUUGCCACUCUCACUUCCUCUUACCCCUUAACCCAGAACAACUCAGAACACAUUCAUUGCUGGGGCACUGAUAGGAAAGAGAAGAUACCCGUGCCUCAGAGACUGCUUGGUCAGGCAGUUCCAGCCUGUCAUGUUCGCACAAGGCCACUGCUGGUCCCAGACAAUGCCAGGAUGAUGCCUCCUUUGCGCCUGGCUGGGACUCUGAUCCCAGCCAUGGCCUUCCUCUCCUGCCUGAAACCCGAAAGCUGGGAACCUUGUGUGGAGGUGGUUCCUAACAUUACUUACCAAUGCAUGGAGGUGAAUCUCUACAAAAUACCUGACAACAUCCCAUCCUCAACCGAGAACCUGGACCUUAGCUUUAAUCCCCUGAGAUAUCUAGGCAACCGUAACUUCUCCAAGUUCCCAGAACUCCAAGUGCUGGAUUUAUCCAGGUGUGACAUUCAGGCAAUAGAAGAUGAUGCAUAUUGGGGUCUAAACCACCUCUCUACCUUGAUAUUGACGGGAAACCCUAUUCAGCAUUUAGGCCUGGGAGCCUUUUCUGGACUAUCAAAUUUACAGAAGCUGGUGGCUGUGGAAACAAACCUAGAUUCUCUAGAGAACUUUCCUAUUGGACAUCUCAAGACUUUGAAGGAGCUUAAUGUGGCUCAUAAUCUUAUCCAUUCAUUCAAGAUACCUGGAUAUUUUUCUAACCUGCCCAACCUGGAGUACUUGGACCUUUCUAAUAACAAGAUCAGAAAUAUUUUUCAUGAAGAUGUGCAGGUUCUACAUCAAAUGCCCCUGCUCAACCUCUCUUUAGAAAUUUCCUUGAACCCUAUAGACUUUAUACAACCUAGUGCCUUUAAUGGAAUUAGACUCUAUGGGCUGACUUUGAGAAAUAAUUUUAAUAGCACAAAUAUAAUGAAGACUUGCAUUCAAGGUCUGGCUGGUUUAGAAGUCCAUCAGUUAGUUCUGGGAGAAUUUAGAAAUGAAAGAAACAUAGAAAAUUUUAACAAAUCUUCCUUGGAGGGACUGUGCAAUUUGACCAUUGGAGAAUUCCAUUUAGCAUUCUUAGAUGACUCCCCAGAUAAUACUAUUGACUUAUUUAAUUGUUUAGCAAAUGUUUCUGCAAUUUCUCUGGUGAGUCUGUAUUUAAAUAAUCUAGAAGGCCUUCCUAGGCAGGUCAGAUGGCAAUCUUUAGAAUUAAUUCACUGUAAUUAUAAACACUUCCCUUCAUUGGCGAUCUCUUCUCUCAAAAGGUUUGUUUUCACUGCUAACAAAGGUGGGGACACUUUCACUGAAGUUGUUCUACCAAGCCUUGAAUAUCUAGAUCUCAGUGGAAAUGGCUUGAGCUUCAAGAGUUGCUGUGAUCACACUGAUUUGGGGACAAGCAAACUGAAAUAUUUAGAUAUGAGCUUCAAUGGUGUCAUUAUUAUGAGUUCAAACUUUAUGGGCCUAGAAAGACUGGAAUAUCUGGAUUUUCAGCAUUCCACUUUGAAACAUGUUAAUGAUUUUCCAGUAUUCUUAUCACUCAAAAACCUCCUUUACCUUGACAUUUCUUACACUCACAUUCGAGUUGUCUUCCUUGGCAUCUUUGAUGGAUUGUUCAGUCUCCGUGUCUUGAAAAUGGCUGGGAAUUCUUUCCUCAACAACCUUCUUCCCAACAUUUUCACAAAUCUGACUGACUUGACCUUUCUGGACCUCACCCAUUGUCAACUGGAAGGGGUGUCUCCAAUGGCAUUUGACUCACUCCUCCAUCUUCAGUCACUAAAUAUGAGUCACAACCACCUCUUGGUUUUGGAUACAGCUCCUUAUAAACAUCUCCAAUCCCUCCAGGUUCUGGAUUGCAGUUUUAACCGCAUAGUGGCUUCAAAAGGGCAGGAAUUGCAGCAUUUUCCUAGUAAAUUAACUCUCUUAAAUCUCACUCAGAAUGAAUUUGCUUGUACUUGUGAACACCAGGGUUUUCUGCAGUGGGUCAAGGACCAGAGACGACUCUUGGUGGAAGCUGAACAAAUGAUAUGUGCAACACCUUCAGAUAUGCAGCACAUGCCUGUGCUGAGCUUCAGGAAUUCCACCUGUCAGGUGAGCAAGACCACAAUUAGUGUAUCUGUGCUCAGUGUGCUUGUGGUAUCUGCAGUAGUAGUUUUGGUCUAUAAGUUCUAUUUCCACCUGAUGCUUUUGGCUGGUUGCAAAAAGUAUGGAAGAGGUGAAAGCACCUAUGACGCUUUUGUUAUCUACUCAAGCCAGGAUGAAGACUGGGUGAGGAAUGAGCUAGUAAGAAAUUUAGAGGAAGGGGUACCCUCGUUUCAGCUCUGCCUUCAUUAUAGAGACUUUAUUCCUGGGGUGGCCAUUGCUGCCAACAUCAUUCAGGAAGGAUUCCACAAGAGCCGGAAAGUUAUUGUCGUGGUAUCCCAGCACUUCAUCCAGAGCCGUUGGUGUAUCUUUGAGUAUGAGAUUGCUCAGACCUGGCAGUUCCUGAGCAGUCGUGCUGGCAUUAUCUUCAUUGUCUUGCAGAAGUUGGAGAAGUCCCUACUUCAGCAGCAGGUGGAGUUGUAUCGCCUUCUUAGCAGGAACACUUACCUGGAGUGGGAAGACAAUGCCCUAGGGCGACACAUCUUUUGGAGACGACUCAGGAAAGCCCUCCUGGAUGGUAAACCAUGGAGUCCAGAAGCUGCAGCUGAUGCAGAAAACUGCCAGCAGGAAGCAACAACUGCUACCUGAGGAGGAGACACUCCUGAGGAGUUUCUUGCCCAAUUGGGAGUUCCCAGGAAUGUACAUAGAACCAUCUUCCCCAGAAAGAGUUCUUCAAAGAAAGAACAAUGAGGACAUCAUCAAGGAAGUGCAAAUCAAAACCACAAUGAGCUAUCACCUUGCAGCAGUUGGAAUGAUGACACAUGCUGAGGAUGUGUAGAAAUUAGAACCUUUCUACACAGUUGGUGGAAAUGUAAAGUGGUACAGUCCUAGAGAAAAGAUUAUGGAAAUUCCUCCAAAAAUUAAAAAUGAAACUGUCAUAUGAUCACUCUGAAUAUAUGCCCAAAAGGAUUGAAAUCAGGAUCUCAAAAUUACAUUUGUACCCCUAUGUUCAUUGCUCCAUUAUUCACAGCCAAUUGAUAGAAGCCACACAAAUGCCCACUGGUAGAAAAAAUGGAUAAAGAAAGUAUGCUCUAUAGAUGCAAUGGGAUAUUAUCCAGUCUUUAGAAAAAAGGAAAUCCUGCCAUCAGUGUCAACAUGGAUAAAGCUGUAGGCAACUCUUAAGUGGAAUAAGCCAGUCACAGAAGGACAAAUACUGAAUGGUUCCACUUCCAUGAAACACCAAACUAGUCCAACUCAUAAAAGCAGAAGGAUAAGAGAAUGGUGUUACCAGGGGCCCAGGGGAGGAGAAAAAAGAUAAAUGAGGAGUUGUUCAAUUGAUACAAAGUUACAGUUAUACAAGAUGAAUUAGUACUAAAGAUAUGCAGUACAGGAUGGUGCCUAUCAUAAACAACACUAUUGCAUGCACUUGAAAGUUUUUUGACAGAGUAGCACUCAUGUGAAGUCCUCUUCACACACACACACACACAAACACACACAAACCAAAAAUAAAAAUAAAAUGAAAUGACACAGGGAACUUUGGAGAUGAUGGGUGCAUCUGUUAUCUUGAGUACAGUGAUGUUUUCACAGGUCUGUAUGCAUAUGUCCAAACUCAUUGAACUGUACUCAUUAUAUAUGUGUAGCUUUUCUUUUUUGGUAUAUCCAUUAUAUGUCAUUGAAGCUGUAAAAAGGAAGAAAAUCCAGGUGC